AUUAGAUACCUAUGAUAGUAUUAUGAUGUUAUAGUGACCGGCAUUACCCAAACCGCAAACUAAGAUCAUAGUUUGUGCUCUAAACUCACCAGCUGUCAUUCCCACAUGUUCUACUAAGUCCGGUUGUAAUGCCUAAACUAAAGUGUAAAGAAAAAAAUGCAAUAUAUCAAUAUGGAAAUUAUUGCAGUUAAACGAUAAGCAAUGUCCAAACUAAAAAAUCUCUUUAAAUCACUUAAAAUGGAUCAAAGGACCAUCGAGGAUCUUUCAAUAAAUUGCUGGAUAUUACGGUUAUCGUAAUCCAGAUGAUGAAGACAAUAGACUCAAAGUCUUAGCUGAACGUAUGGAUUUAUUUUAUGGCAAGGACGUGUUGGACAUUGGCUGUAAUAUUGGUCAUGUUACUUUCAGUGUUGCCAGAGAUUUUGGUGCAAAGUCAGUAGUAGGAAUGGAUAUUGACCGUAAACUGAUAAAUAUUGCACGAAAAAAUGUACAGUAUUACAUUAACGAUACAGCGCAGUCUUCCUCACACCUGUCCUCAAAUUACCAUUUUAAAGAUUUUUCUUCAAGAGAUCGUAAUGAUCCAGAAUGUGAUAUAAUCGAAUCAUUUCCUAUAUCAUUACCUAUGCUGUAUGGUCCUAUUAAUUUAGCAGGUUUGACACUAUCUGGACGAUUUCCCUACAAUGUCUCUUUUGUGCAGGGAAAUUAUGUACUAGAAUCUGAUCUUUUACUUUCAUUGGAAACGUGUAAGUUUGACGUUAUCCUCUGUUUAAGCAUUACCAAAUGGCUUCACUUGAACUGGGGCGAUGAUGGUUUGAAACGAGCAUUUAAACGUAUGUUUGCACAGUUGCGACCUGGUGGAAUACUCGUGGUGGAACCUCAACCGUGGAAAUCUUAUGGUCGAAGAAAAACAUUGACAGAAACCAUUUGGAGAAAUUACAAAAACAUUCUGCUGAAACCUCCAAUGUUCACAGACUAUCUGUUAAACGAAGUGGGUUUUGCCAACUGUGAAACACUUACUAUGCCUCAUAAUCCAUCUAAAGGAUUUCAGCGUCCGCUCAAGUUGUUUCAAAAACCUAACAUAUUAGUAACUAGCGAGGACUAAAAUAUAUAUAGAUUUAAUUCAUGAUAACUAUAAACGAACUAAUGUGUUAAUAAGAUAGAUGUUGAAUAAGAUGUGUUAAUUGAUAAUGGUUCAAACAAAUAAAACCCAAUAAUCUUAAA